AUGGAAUCAGAGCCAAUGAACGUGGAUUCGUCCAGUUCACAGUAUCUUGAAUACACAAGAGACACCCUCUCCAAAUUCAAAGUAUCAAAGGAAUUUCAAGAAAGUGACAAACCAGUUACGUCCAUAUCAUUCAACGAUACAGGAGAAUUCUGUGCUACUGCUGGUGCAGAUGACAGUUUAAAUGUAUAUCAUUGUCUAGACGGAACACUUCAUAAAACUCUUUUUUCAAAGAAGUAUGGUUGUACUCUAGCGCGAUUUACACAUGCUGACUCUAAUCUUAUUUAUGCAUCGACGAAAGAAAAUGAUACUUUACGUUAUCUUUCUAUUUACGACAAUAAGUAUAUUCGCUACUUUCCUGGACAUAAGAAACGGGUUGUAGCUAUUGAUGUGUGUCCAAUUGACGAUAUGGUAUUAAGCUCAUCAUUGGAUAAUACAGUUCGCCUUUGGGAUCUACGAUCAUCGAAUUGUCAGGGCGUUCUGCAUGCCGAAGGUACAACUUUGGCAGCAUUUGAUCCACAAGGUGUUGUCUUCAGCACCGUCAGUAACAACAAUACAGUACGAUUCUAUGAUAAAAGGGACUAUACAAAGGGGCCAUUUAUCACCAGUAUGAUGCCCGAAUCAGUACAUGGACGUUUGCCUGAAAUAACAAGUGUUAAAUUCACAUCAGAUGGGAAUUACGUGGUUGUCACUACUCUAUCUGAUACAAUCUUCGUCCUGGAUGCUUUUAACGGUAAUCUAGUGCGAAGACUGGUAGGAAAUUCGCCCCCAGAAGCCGGCUCUUGCGGUGAAGAAGUCAGUAUGACACCAGAUGGCAAAUUUCUUAUGGCUGGUGGAAGUGAUUCUUAUUUAAGAAUUUGGGAUUUGACAUAUCAAGGAGCUAUGGACAUCAAGCCAUUUGCAGUGCUGCCUACACCUCACAGUAAUGGUGUUAAAGUUGUAGGGCAAAAUCAUGCAAAUGCAAUGUUCGUCACGGGCGCAAAUAAAGUGGCGCUAAUGGCAUCAAAACCACUCACCAUAUGUAUUGACAGAGGUGGAACCUUUACGGAUUGUAUUGGCUUCAGGGGCAGACCUGCAGAUGAAGAUUAUCAAGAGUUUGUUGUUAAGCUUCUCUCCGAAGACCCCUCUAAUUAUAAAGAUGCGCCCACAGAGGGCAUUCGUAGGAUCAUAGAAAUGGCGACCGGAGAGAAAAUAGCUCGCUCACAGGCUGUACCAACAACGCAUAUUGGCAACCAAGCCAGGCCCAAAAUUUUCGAUCUUGCGAUCAACAAACCGGCUGUACUAUAUCAGAAAGUGGUAGAAGUGGAUGAGCGAUUAGUCUUAUUGAAUCCUGCCAACGCAUCUCAAAAAAUAGAUCCUAGCGAUACCGACGACGCCAAUAUUCAGCAAGGUAUUUCAGGAGAGUGGAUUAAAAUCGCCAAAGAGCCAGAUUUAAACAAAGUGAAAAACGAACUUCAAUCUCUGUACGACGAAGGAUUUCGAAGUGUUGCUGUCUGCUUGUUGCAUUCUUACAAUUUCCCAGACCACGAACAAAAAAUUGGUAGAAUAGCCGAAUCAGUUGGCUUUGAGCAUAUCUCUUUGUCCAGCCAAGUGAUGCCUAUGGUCAAGAUUGUCCCUCGAGGCACGUCAUCUACAGCAGAUGCUUACUUGACACCAUGUAUCAAGAAAUACAUUAAGGGCUUUGUCGAUGGAUUCGAUAACGGCUUUGAAAAGGGAACAACACAAUUACAAUUCAUGCAGAGUGAUGGAGGACUAGUGCCUGUGAGCCAUUUUUCGGGUUUCAAAGCAAUAUUAUCGGGGCCUGCAGGUGGUGUAGUUGGAUAUGCGUUGACUACUUUUGAUAAAAAAGCAAAUACGCCUGUCAUCGGUUUUGAUAUGGGUGGUACAAGUACAGAUGUUUCUCGGUUUGAUGGACAUUAUGAACAUGUAUUUGAAACAACUACUGCAGGUGUCACUAUCCAGGCACCGCAGUUAGAUAUUAAUACUGUUGCAGCAGGAGGUGGAUCAAUGCUCUUCUUCAAAAAUGGAAUGUUUGUCGUCGGCCCUGAAAGUGCAGGUGCUCAUCCAGGCCCAGCAUGUUACAGAAAAGGGGGGCCGUUAGCCGUUUCUGACGCGAACCUGUACUUGGGUCGGUUAUUACCUGACUAUUUCCCAAAAAUAUUCGGUCCCAAAGAAGAUGAACCUUUGGAUAAAGAAAUUGUUGAAGAGAAAUUUAAGGAACUAGCUGAGACUAUCAAUUCAGCAACCGGUGAAAAAAAGAGUUUGGAUGAGAUAGUGUAUGGUUUCAUAAAGGUCGCCAAUGAAACUAUGUGCCGUCCCAUCCGUGCACUGACUGAAGCAAAAGGACACGAUACGAGUGACCAUACAUUAGCUGUUUUUGGUGGCGCUGGGGGCCAGCAUGCAUGCGGUAUUGCUCGUAACUUGGGCAUUAGAAAAAUUGUUAUGUAUCGCCAUAGCUCUAUCUUAUCUGCGUUUGGUUUAGCAUUAGCAGAUGUUGUUCACGAAGUCCAAGAGCCUUCUGCUGAAACCUUGAAAACGGGACUUGAUCGUAUUAAGGAGCGUUUGGCGAACCUUAAGGAUGUAUGUUUGGAAGAAUUGAAAAAGCAAGGUUUCCGUGAUUCAGAAAUUGAGCUUGAAGUCUAUCUAAAUUUAAGAUAUGAGGGUACUGACUGUGCUAUGAUGACAUUACAACCAGCAGAGGACCUUUGGGACUUUGAAAAAUCAUUUUGUGAUCUGUACAAACAAGAAUUUGGCUUUUUACUCAAAGAUCGCAAUAUUCUUGUUGAUGAUAUACGUGUACGUGGGAUAGGCAAGACUUUUCGUAGUAACAAUCUUACGCCCGACGAAGAGAUUGAGAAUCUUGAGUCUUCGAACAAGAUUGUUGAAGUGUCCUGUGAUAAAAUAGACAAAACUGCUUCUGUGUAUUUUGAAGAGGGUGGUCGUAACAAUAAUGUUCCUGUGUAUCGCCUGGACGCCUUGGAGCCCGGAAACGCUGUACCUGGUCCAGCCGUCAUCAUUGACGCAACUGCUACAAUCGUAAUCGAACCGUCUUGCUCGGCUCUCAUAACUUCCAACCAUAUUACUAUCCAGGUUGGUACGGAAGGAAAAAAGAAAGUUACAACAGAAAUGGAACCAAUUCAAUUAUCCAUCUUCUCACAUCGAUUCAUGAGCAUUGCUGAACAAAUGGGACGCACGCUUGAAAAAACAUCCAUAUCAACUAAUAUUAAAGAGAGAUUAGAUUUUUCGUGUGCCCUUUUUGGUGCUGAUGGAGGGCUAGUAGCAAAUGCUCCGCAUAUUCCUGUGCAUCUAGGCUCUUUGAGCCAUGCGGUUAUCUACCAAUUGAACUAUUAUAAGGGCAAUUUAUUCGAAGGGGAUGUGAUUAUGACGAAUCAUCCUCAAGCGGGAGGUUCUCAUUUGCCAGAUAUUACCAUAAUUACGCCCGUUUUUGAGAAGGGAGAGAUAGUGUUUUUCGUCGCAUCGAGGGGUCACCAUGCGGAUAUAGGAGGUAUUGCGCCAGGGUCAAUGCCGCCACAUUCUAAAGAGCUAUUUCAAGAAGGCGCUGCUAUCAAAUCAUUUAAAAUCGUUUCUAAGGGACAUUUAGAUCAUGCAGGUGUAGAAGAGCACUUGUGUACCAUCCCUGCUUCCUAUCCUGGUUGCUCUGGGUCACGUGCAUUCCGUGAUAAUGUCUCAGAUUUGAAAGCGCAGAUUGCAGCCAAUCAAAAGGGUAUAACUUUAGUGAAAGCCCUUAUUGAAGAAUACUCAUUAGAAGUUGUUCAAGCCUACAUGAUGCAUAUUCGCCGAAACGCCUCAGAUGCCGUCAGACAGUUACUAAAAGGAAUUGCCGAAAAGAAUUCCCAUCAGGAUUUGGUUGCAGUAGAUUAUAUGGAUGAUGGUACACCUAUACAUCUACGCAUUUCCAUUGACGCUAAAAGAGGCACGGCAACCUUUGAUUUUGAGGGUACAGGACCCGAAGUUUAUGGCAACACAAAUGCACCUGAAAGUGUUUGUCAUUCAGCAAUUAUAUAUUCAAUCCGAUGUUUGGUGAAUCAAGAUAUACCUUUGAACUCAGGUUGUCUAGAACCUAUUACCAUUAGAAUACCUAAAAACUCUCUUUUAAGCCCAUCGGAGCAUUGUGCAGUGGUAGGCGGUAAUGUUUUGACUAGCCAACGUCUAGUGGAUGUUGUUUUGAAGGCUUUUGAGGCUUGUGCAGCCAGCCAGGGAUGUUGUAAUAACCUUACAUUUGGUAAAGGUGGUAAGAAUGAGGAGAGUGGGGAGUCCAUUGCAGGCUGGGGCUAUUAUGAGACAAUUGCAGGUGGUAGUGGUGCUGGACCUGAAUGGAAUGGACAAAGCGGCGUACAUACCCACAUGACAAAUACUCGUAUUACCGACCCUGAAAUUCUGGAGCGCCGAUAUCCGGUCAUCCUUCAUACCUUUGCAAUACGACCAAACAGUGGUGGCCAAGGUCAGCACAAAGGUGGUGAUGGUGUCACUCGUGAAAUUGAGUUUUUGGAAGACGGUAUUCAAGUCUCCAUUCUUUCAGAGCGUCGAGUCUAUAGUCCUUACGGUCUGGCUGGAGGUUCAGACGGCGAGAAAGGUUUGAAUAUAUGGGUCAGACAUGAGAUAUCCGGUCAAGGCGAAGAGAUUAUAAGAACACUAAAUCUUACGGGCAAAAACUCUGCCACUUUUGCACGUGGCGAUCGUAUUAUUAUCAACACGCCAGGCGGCGGAGGAUGGGGCAAACAAUAA